ACUUCCCGGCAGUGAUACUUCUCAGCUGUGUGACUUUAGACAAGUUGCUCGACCUCUCUGUUCUUCAGUUCCUCACCUGGGAAAUGAGGGUAUUAAUAGUAGCUGCCUUACAGGAUUGUCAAGAGAAUGAAAUGAGAUCGUCCAUAUAACUCUGCUCCUCAAAUCAACUCUAGGAGGUAGGCAGUGUUCGAAUCCCGUUUCCAGACGAGGAAUUGGAGGCACAGAGAGGUGAAGCAACUUGCCCAGGGUCACACAGGUAGUUUACCGCAAAUCCAGCGCAUCUGCCUCCAAGUCUGUGCCCUUGGCCAUCUUUGCUGCCUGGCACCUACCAAGCACUCAUGUACACGUGACUCCAAUUAUGAUCUUGGAAGAGUCUGUUUGGCAGGGUGGGUGGGAGGAAGGACCGUCUGGGCAGAUUGCCCUGCAAGUGCAAAGCCUUGGAUGAGAGCUCGGAGAACCCAGGUGCAGCUGGAGAGCAGGCCUCAUGUGGAGAGGCAAGGGGUAGCCGAGGCCGGAGAAGGGGGGUGUGUUUAAUGAGAAAAUUGGGGUUGAAAUUGCAGGUGAGAGAAGAAUUGGGGUGUGGGAUAGGCCGCAGGGCAGGGCUGGGGUGUGAGGCCAAGGACUCAGGUCUCCCUGGCCUUGGAGUCGCAGCCGCAGGUCCGUGCAGGCUCCAGCCGCUGGAGGAGCGCCCUCCACCCACCUGAGAUUUCCUGAGCUGCAGCUGCAGCUCUGGUUGCUUCUGGAGGCAAAGGAGGCCUUGUGGUUACGGGGGCCUCUCCAGCCCUAUCCCAGCUUCCUCCCUGCCCUCUCUGGAGGGAGGGAAACACACCACACACACACAGCCCCUUUUAGCCGGGCCCCACCCCCCAAGGAGGCAAGGGGCAGGGCAGGGCCUCCUGGCUGGGAGGCUGGGCGGCAAGGUUGAUAAGACCCAGAGCCUCCUGGCCUCCACAGCUGUGCUGGCUGCUGCCUGCGCUGCCAGGACCAUGAGGGUCAUCCCUGGUGCCGUCCUCGUGCCCUGCCUUCUGCUGCUGCUGCACCUGGCCCCACGCACACAUGGCCUCGCCCCCCAACCCAGAGGGCACCUCUGCCGGACCCGGCCCACGGACCUGGUGUUUGUUGUCGAUAGCUCGCGCAGCGUAAGGCCCGUGGAGUUUGAGAAGGUGAAGGUGUUCCUGUCCCAGGUCAUCGAGUCGCUAAAUGUGGGGCCCAAUGCCACCCGAGUGGGCGUGGUCAACUACGCCAGCUCCGUGAAGCAGGAGUUCCCGCUGCGGGCCCACCUGUCCAAGGCCGCGCUGCUUCAGGCCGUGCGCCGCAUCCGGCCGCUGUCCACGGGCACCAUGACUGGCCUGGCCAUCCAGUUCGCCAUCACCAAGGCCUUGAGUGAUGCUGAGGGCGGUCGCGCCAAGUCCCCGGACAUCAGCAAGGUGGUCAUCGUGGUGACGGACGGGAGGCCCCAGGACAGCGUGCGGGACGUGUCUGCGCGAGCCCGGGCCAGCGGCGUCGAGCUUUUCGCCAUUGGCGUGGGCCGCGUGGACAAGGCCACGCUGCGCCAGAUCGCCAGCGAGCCGCAGGAGGAGCACGUGGACUACGUGGAGAGCUACAACGUCAUCGAGAAGCUGGCCAAGAAGUUCCAGGAGGCCUUCUGCUUGGUGUCAGACCUGUGCGCCACGGGAGACCAUGACUGUGAGCAGGUGUGCGUCAGCUCCCCGGGCUCCUACUCCUGCGCCUGCCGCGAGGGCUUCACCUUGAACAGUGACGGCAAGACCUGCAACGUCUGCAGUGGCGGCGGAGGCAGUUCGGCCAUUGACCUGGUCUUCCUCAUCGAUGGGUCCAAGAGUGUGCGGCCAGAGAAUUUCGAGCUGGUGAAGAAGUUCAUCAACCAGAUCGUGGACACGCUGGACGUGUCAGACAAGCUGGCCCAGGUGGGGCUGGUGCAGUACUCGAGCUCCGUGCGCCAGGAGUUCCCGCUGGGCCGCUACCACACCAAGAAGGACAUCAAGGCAGCCGUGCGCAAUAUGUCCUACAUGGAAAAGGGCACCAUGACCGGGGCUGCCCUCAAGUACCUCAUCGACAACUCCUUCACUGUGUCCAGUGGGGCCAGGCCCGGGGCCCAGAAGGUGGGCAUCGUCUUCACCGAUGGCCGGAGCCAGGACUACAUCAAUGAUGCUGCCAAGAAGGCCAAGGACCUUGGCUUUAAGAUGUUUGCCGUGGGCGUGGGCAACGCCGUGGAGGACGAGCUGAGGGAGAUCGCCUCGGAGCCCGUGGCAGAGCACUACUUCUACACGGCGGACUUCAAGACCAUCAACCAGAUUGGCAUGAAGCUGCAGAAGAAGAUCUGUGUGGAGGAAGAUCCAUGCGAAUGUGAGUCCAUUGUGAAGUUCCAGGCCAAAGUGGAGGGGCUGCUGCAGGCCUUGACCAGGAAACUGGAAGCUGUGAGUAAGCGGCUGGCCGUCAUGGAGAACAGGAUCGUCUAAGGCCGCUUGUCCCUGCUGCGGCUUCUCCAUCUCCCCGCCCCACUCGGCCCACAGAGUCCGGGCGUGUCCCCUAGAACCCCGAGUGUAGUCUAGCUUUGUCACUUAGCGAGGGGGGUUUGGGAGGGGCAGGCGCCUGGGAUGGCAGCAGGCCUCUCCCUCGGCCCCAGCCUCGGAGCCCUGCCAGGGGGGGUGUGUGUGAGUGGGAGUGCUGGGAGCGCAGGAGUUUGGGGCGUGUGUGUGUGUGUGUGUGUGUGUGUGUGUGUCUGGGGGCAAUGCAUGAGUGAGAACACAAGGGCAAGUGUAACUGGGACUGCGUUUGCAUUUUUUAACCAAAAGCUUAAUAUAUUCCUGUUGUUAGUUAUCCCUCCCUGACUGUGAGUGCUGUGAAUCUCUUCUGACAUCUCCAUUCUUUUCUGAAAAACAAUUAAAUGUGAUUUAAC